CUUUCUGAAAGGGAUUCCAAUGAUAUCGUUCUUCUGUGUCAUUAUUUUUAUAUUGGUGGUGUGGACCAGUGUUGUCAACAUUUCAACAAAGGGGACCCUCAACGGAGGGAAAAACCACUGAAAAAAAAUAAAAACACGAAUAGGCUAGUUUUGAAUAGCAAUCGGCUGGUUUUGUUUCACAGACCUGGCAACCCUGAUGUGCAUUUCCCUAUUCUCACAGAAUUCAAAUGAGUGUUAAAACUUUAACGUCCUUGGUGUGAAUGGGCCUUAAGCUAUGCAGGACUAGUACGCUAAUGGUAGAGUUGAUUUACUCACAGAUCAUCUCUCAAACUCCACCUAAUCAAUACCAUUAGGGAGCUGUGGAGCGCAGGGACCGGAUGCGUUUCGGAGAAUAUGACAGCAAUGGAUUUUAUUUCCGUAACGGAUUUGAGCUGGGGUGCAAGUGUGUGUGUGCUUGAGUAAAACACACUAUUCCUUUUACCGCACUCUCGAUGAGUUUUAACACUGACCUCGACCCGUAAGCUGAUGGGCGUCUGACAGCAGGCACUUUACUGAUUUGUUCCUAACAUUAAGAGCCCAUUCACACGCUCCUCAUUGUACAAGAACUGUAGCUUUGAAGGAGAUCUUUGAUCACUGUUACCAUGGUUACACCAUUGACUUUUCUUCAUCUUGCAUGGUAAGGCUUUAGCAGAGUCAGAGGCCUGUCAAGCGCAGUGCAUGUACACAAACCUGAAUGUGUCCAUGUGUCCAUUCCUCAUCUCACGCCAAAUCGUUCCAGCAGCUAUCUUAAGAUAUGAUUUCCACCCACCUGCACCCCUGACCCUCCAUCCCUUUCAGUGGCUUCAUCUUUUGCCAAUAGUGAAAUAGUAACAAACUCUUUUUAACCAUGCAGCGGGGAGAAUACCAGGUAAACGCUUUUACAUUUACCAUUCUUUCCUCCUAACUCUUUCCUCUAACUGUAAUGAUUUCUUUGAAGGUCCCUCUCUUCCUCCCCCAGCUACAUCAGCCGUCUCUAGCAUGACUGUUGCAACGUGAAUAAAGGCAAUAAUGCUUCACAGCCAGAACGCGCUCUGAACGCAGUGUGCCUGGCUGCCCCAUACUGUCGGUUGUGAAUGUGCCGGACAAAGGCAAUUUCAGGCUUGAUGGCCACUUAUCACAGCCUGACUUUUUUUCUUAAAUCUAUUUUCUGGAUAUAUUCAGGCACAAAAGAUUAAAGAGAAAGCGACUGCAAAGGUGAUUUGUGGAACAAAGAGGCACGCGCUGCAUUUUAAUGUACUGUGGCGUGUUUUUAUCGAAUUCGAAAAUGGCGUAAAACUGUAUCGAACUGCUCUCCUGAUAUUGCUCAUGUGUAAGUGUAAUGAAUGAGAUGGACCCAUCAAACCGGUCCUUUGUAUAUAAUUAGGUUGAUUGUAUCACGCAAGAUAUUGAUUAAAAAGGCCACUUUCAUCAUAAGAAAAGCACAUGGGCUUGCAAAAAUGCAAAAGACUGUCCUGUAUGUGCAGCACUAACCUCAUUCUCUGCCCUUUGAUAAUGACGUCAGGUGGACUAAAGCUGCACCCCGGCCUGACUUACGGAGCCUCCGAAAGCAGGAUACUGGAAUGGCCUUUUUGGACCAAACUGGUGGUUGUGGCUAUAGGCUUCACUGGCGGACUGGUGUUCAUGUACGUGCAAUGCAAGGUCUACAUCCAGUUGUGGAAGAGACUCAAGGCCUACAACAGAGUAAUAUAUGUGCAGAACCGCCCAGAGACCUGUAAAAAGAACGUUUUUGAUAAGCCCUCUCUUCUGGAGCCAAACUUGGAGAAUAAAGAGGCGCUCGGGCCGGCGCAGUCGGACACAAACUCUUCCCAGUAUACAGAGACAGAGGACUACAGUAUGGAGAUCCUGCACGUCUGAUCGCUUGGCCCACAUAUACCCCCUCCUCCCCUCUAGAGGACCGGCUGGGGCGUCGCAUGCUCCGGGACACACAGGGAUGCCACACAGCACCGGGCACGAGGACUGUCUGAGACUGAGACUCGUUUAGUUGUUUAGAUGUUAUUUUCUCUUCGUUCGUUUGUCCAACCUGUUCCUGUAAGUUGUCGGCUAACCAUAAUGAAUCAGUGUGCGCUAGAUCUCGGAUCAUUCCAGCUACUGCCAUUGUACUGCUGUCGUCGUACACGAGUUGAAAUCCACCGUUCGAGCUGUGUAUGUGCGCUGGUUCUGCUGGAGUCGAUGCAUAGAAGCACUUUUUAUUUCCCUGUUCUUAAGAGCCCUGUUUUAAUAAUAUAUUCAUUCCCUUUCUAUGUGGGUAAGACAUUAAAACAAACUUGAAGUUUUGCCAGCGAGAUCUCACGUUUUAUAGGUGCAUUUGUGUCUCCGCAGACCCCUCAGAUGGAACAAAAAAGGAAUCUGAAGGAGCGAUGAGGGAACGUUUAUGUACUGUCAUGUAUCAUUCCACUUCUUUUAGAAAUCUAUUAUGACUGCGUAAAUUCUGAAUUUAGCCGUUGUGAAAUUGACAUGACCUAGGCUUUAUUUUAUAUCAGCUGAUUACUAAAUAAUCUGGAUCAUCUAAUUACAAUA